AUUUCCCCCCUCUUUACUUCACUACUCGCGAAGCUGCAAGGACAGAAACGAGGAGCCAGAAGGAGCAACGAAAUAAGCCUGGAAUUUAUCUCGCACGUUAAAAAAAAAGAAGAAAGAAGAGUCCUCCUUCUGCCAUUCCAUGCUCCUCUAGCGUGUUCCCUCACAGAGUGCUGGAGAUAUAAUGGAAACUGAAUGAUGAGGAGUUUGUGGCUGGACGGCAGCUGACGGACUGAACCAUGGCUCAGUUUCCCACGCCCUUCGGAGGGGGGUCGGAUACAUGGGUAAUAUCUGUGGACGAGAGAGCCAAACAUGACCAGCAGUUCCACAGUUUGACCCCCACACCUGCUGGCUUCAUCACAGGUGACCAGGCAAGGAAUUUCUUUCUGCAGUCAGGUUUACCUGCCCCCAUCCUCGCCCAGAUAUGGGCCCUGGCCGACAUGAACAACGAUGGGAAGAUGGACAUACAUGAAUUUUCCAUCGCAAUGAAGCUGAUUAAAUUGAAGCUGCAGGGUCACCCCCUCCCUCCUUCACUGCCCCCCUCCAUGAAGCAGCCACCCCUCUCCAUUCCCCCACAGCCGCCUUUUGGGAUGCCCAGUAUCGGGGCAAUGCCAGGCCUGCCAGCAGUGCCGCCCAUGCCCCUGCCCCCUCUGCCUCCAGGAGUGCCAGGAGUAGGUGUGUCUCCACCUCUGGUAGCAUCAGUAACCCCAGCUGUACCAUCGCUUGCUAACGGAGCACCCGCUAUGAUACAACCCAUGAGUGGAUUCUCGCAUCCAGCUGCUGCGCUCAACAAAACCCCUUCGUUCAAUCGUUCCAGUAUCAAGCUACAGAAGGGCCAGUCAGUUGAGGCACCCAGUGCUCCGGCUGCUCCUCCACCCAUUGACUGGGCCGUGCCUCAGUCCUCUCGGCUCAAAUACCGCCAACUCUUCAACAGCCAUGACAAAAUGAUGAGUGGUUAUCUCACAGGUCCACAAGCCAGAACUAUUCUAAUGCAGUCCAGUCUACCGCAGGCCCAGCUGGCCACCAUCUGGAACCUGUCCGAUAUAGACCAGGACGGAAAGUUGACUGCAGAAGAGUUUAUUCUGGCCAUGCACUUAAUUGACAUGGCAAUGUCCGGUCUGCCUCUUCCCCCAUUGCUGCCCCCUGACCUCAUACCUCCAACAUUCAGGAGAAUGCGUUCUGGUAGUGGAGUGUCUGUGACCAGUAUGCACUCGACAGAUCUACGGUCUCAGGAUGAGCCCGAGGAGGAGGAAAAAGAGGCAGAGAAAAAACUUGCAGUCACAUUCGAGGAUAAGAAACGAGAGAACUUUGAGCGUGGAAACCUGGAGCUGGAGAAACGUCGGCAGGCGCUGCUGGAGCAGCAGAGGAAAGAGCAGGAGAGACUGGUGGCGCUGGAGAAAGAGGAGCAAGAGAGGAAGGAGAGAGAACGACUGGAGCAGGAGAGACGCAGACAGCAGGAGCUGGACAAACAACUGGAGAGACAGAGAGAGCUGGAGCGACAGAGGGAGGAGGAGAGACGCAAGGAGAUAGAGAGAAGAGAGGCUGCUAAGCGGGAGCUGGAGCGUCAGCGGCAGUUAGAAUGGGAGAGAACACGCAGACAGGAGCUGCUCACCCAGAGAAACAGAGAGCAGGAGAACAUCGUCCUGCUCAAAGCACGCAAGAAAACGCUCGAGUUUGAACUGGAGGCUCUGAAUGAUAAGAAGUCACAGUUGGAGGGUAAACUGCAGGACAUUCGUUUCCGUCUCUUGGCUCAGAGGCACGAGAUCGAGAGCACCAAUAAGACACGAGAGCUCCGCAUUGCUGAGAUCACCAGCCUGCAACAGCAGCUGCAGGAGUCUCAGCAGUGGUUGAGUCGGUUGAUUCCUGACAAACAGUGUCUGAAUGACCAGCUGAAGCAGGUUCAGCAGAGCAGUCUGCACAGAGACUCUCUGUCCAGUCUUCAGAGGGCCAUUGAAAUGAAGGAAUCGACCAAACAGCAGCUGAGAGAACAGCUGGACGCUGUGGAGAAGGAGACACGUUCCAAACUAUUGGAGAUAGACUCCUUCAACACACAACUGAAGUCCUUGGGGCUGUUCUAUGAGACCCACACUGCUAGGAUGGAGAACCUGCAAUCGGAGCUACUUAUUGAAGAGCAGAGGGGGCGACAGGAGCUGAGAGAAAUCCACAACAAACAACAGAGGCAGAAACAAAAGGAGCUGGAGGCUGACAUCACCCAGCCGUCGCACGACAGGAAGUCCACAGAAUUACAAGAGUCUAGGUUGUCAGGGACAGAAGAUGGCAUGUCUCCUGCAUGGAGAGAUGAUGGGCUGGGUAAAGCUCCCACUCCUCCUGCGACUCAGGCUUGGAUAAGCCAAGUCAGUGAAGAGGAGAACCACAGCAGAGCCGAAGUACAGGAUAACCUCUCCAAACUCUUCACACAGCAUCCGCAAUCUGGAAAACUACAGACUCGGUCCCCCUGGUCUAUGGCAGAUAAGAUUCCAGUGUCUGGUUUUAAUCAGGAGAAGGUAAAGGUGGUCUACUAUAGAUCACUGUAUCCCUUUGAGGCCCGCAGUCAUGAUGAAAUCACCAUCCAUCCUGGAGAUAUAGUGAUGGUGAAGGGAGAGUGGGUGGAUGAGUCUCAGACAGGUGAGCCUGGAUGGUUAGGAGGAGAGAUUAAAGGGAAGACUGGCUGGUUCCCUGCCAAUUAUGCAGAGAAGAUUCCAGAAUCUGAAGUUCCUCUUAGUUUGAGAGCUAGCACUGCUUCUAGUUCUGCCCCUAAAUUGGGUUCCCAUAUGUCAUCUGCUUCAACAACCACAGCCGCACCCUUGCAGUCAGUCUCCACAGAGUCUGCAUCGAUAGCCCCGCCCUCCUCAGCCCCUGCCCCUCCAGGCCCUGCCUCCUCCUCUUCCUCAACAUCUAGUAACUGGGCAGAUUUCAGCACUACAUGGCCAACUAAUUCUGUUGUGGAGAAGCAGGACAAUGAUGGAUGGGAUGCAUGGCCGACCCAGCCCACUCAGCCGUCCCUGUCAGUGCCCAGUGGAGGGCAGAUCAGGCAGCGCUCUGCUUUCACCCCAGCCACGCUUUCCGGCUCCUCACCCUCACCUGUGCUCGGCCAGGGUGAAAAGGUGGAGGGUCUGCAGGCACAGGCUUUGUAUCCAUGGAGAGCCAAGAAAGACAAUCACCUAAACUUUAACAAGAAUGAUGUGAUCACCGUCCUGGAGCAGCAGGAUAUGUGGUGGUUUGGGGAGGUGCAAGGGCAGAGAGGAUGGUUCCCCAAAUCUUACGUCAAACUCAUCUCUGGGCCCGUCCGGAAAUCUAUGAGUAUUGAAUCCGGCUCUUCAGAUAGCCCUCCCAAUGUUAAGAGACCCAGCCCAUCUCCAAAUAAACCCACAGAUCUCAGAGAAGAGUAUGUGGCCAUGUAUACAUAUGAAAGCAGUGAGCAGGGUGACUUGACCUUCCAGCAAGGUGAUGUCAUCACAGUCACAAAGAAAGAAGGAGACUGGUGGACUGGGACUGUGGGCGGGAAGACUGGAGUCUUCCCCUCAAAUUAUGUCAAGCCUAAAGAAUCCGAGGGUUUGGGAUCUGCUGGAAAAACAGGAAGUUUAGGGAAGAAACCAGAGAUUGCCCAAGUGAUCGCUCCGUAUGCGGCCACCGGGGCAGAGCAGCUCACUUUAGCACCAGGCCAGCUCAUUCUUAUUCGAAAGAAAAACCCAGGAGGAUGGUGGGAAGGAGAACUUCAGGCAAGAGGAAAGAAGCGUCAGAUUGGCUGGUUUCCAGCUAAUUAUGUAAAAUUAUUGAGCCCCAGCACCAGUAAGACCACACCCACAGAGCCCAACCCACCCAAGCUGCCAACACCCAAUGCAGUGUGCCAGGUGAUUGGCAUGUAUGAUUACACUGCUCAAAACGAUGAUGAGCUGCCUUUCGGGAAGGGCCAAAUCAUCAAUGUUUUGAGCAGAGAGGAUCCUGAUUGGUGGAAGGGAGAGCUGAAUGGUUCCAUUGGCCUUUUCCCAUCAAACUACGUUAAGCUGACCACCGACACAGACCCCAGCCAACAAUGGUGUGCCGACCUCCACCUGCUCGACAUGCUGACCCCAGUGGAACGGAAGAGGCAGGGUUACACACAUGAGCUUAUUGUUACAGAGGAGAACUAUGUCAAUGACCUGCAGCUAGUCACUGAGACGUUCCAGAAGCCUCUGCUGGAGUCGGAUUUGUUGACUGAGAAGGAGGUGGCCAUGAUCUUUGUCAACUGGAAAGAGCUGAUCAUGUGCAACAUUAAACUGCUCAAGGCAUUGCGGGUGAGGAAGAAGAUGUCAGGUGAGCGCAUGCCAGUGAAGAUGAUUGGUGACAUCCUGACGGCUCAGCUUCCUCACAUGCAGCCGUACAUACGCUUCUGCAGCUGCCAGCUCAACGGCGCCACCCUCAUUCAGCAGAAAACAGACGAGGUGCCCGAAUUCAAAGAGUUUGUUAAGCGGUUGGCGAUGGACCCUCGCUGUAAGGGAAUGCCCCUGUCCAGCUUCCUCCUCAAACCCAUGCAGAGAGUCACCCGAUACCCCCUCAUCAUCAAAAACAUUUUAGAGAACACUCCAGAAAGCCACCCGGACCACAGUCACCUGCGGCUGGCUCUGGAGAAGGCUGAAGAGCUGUGCUCGCAAGUCAACGAAGGCGUGCGAGAGAAAGAAAACUCAGACCGGCUGGAGUGGAUCCAGGCACAUGUGCAGUGUGAGGGGCUGUCAGAGCAACUUGUGUUCAACUCAGUUACAAAUUGUCUGGGCCCUCGGAAGUUCCUGCACAGUGGAAAAUUUUAUUAAGGUAGUUGUUCCAAAAGCAACAAGGAGCUUUACGGCUUCCUGUUUAACGAUUUCCUGCUCCUCACACAGAUCAUCAAA